UGGGAGGAGGCGGCCUCCGGGGUCCUACAAAGGAGAGGCGGGGUCUAGUGUCCGAUAGGGGAGGAGCAGAGGUGUCUAGACGCCCCCAAGGCGGGGCCGGACCCGGAAGCGGGUCCGUUGGUCUCCGGUAUCAGCCUCCUGACCCCCUCACCCGGGCUGGGUAGGCGAAGGGGAGGCCAUGGAGGAGUCCCAGCGGCAGCUCUUCCAGAAGAACCGCCUGCGCCUGGUGCGCGAGCUGCAGGUGGAGCCGCUUUGGGAUCUGAUGCUGGACCGAGAGCUGUUCACUCGAGACAUGAUCGAGGACAUCCAGAGAGCCGGCACUCGGAGGGAUCAGGCUCGACAACUGGUCACAGAUCUUCAGACACGAGGGAAACGUGCCCUUCCCACGUUCAUCUCUUGCCUGGAAGCCACCGGCCAGUGGGAUCUAGCAGCCCUCCUCGGUGAGAGUAACACGACUCUGACCCAACAGCCGGAUCCCAUUAACCUCAAACCAGUUGAAAUGAUCAGAUCUGGGGAAUCAAGAAGUACUGAUAUGAAGCUUCCCAUAAAACCACUGGUCCCAGGUUCCUACACCAGCAAGAAAGAUGUACCACAGGGUGCUGUGGGGUCUACACAAACCCAAGGUGGGAGAAACACGGUUAUGGGAAUGGGAGCAGCCUUGCAACAGCUGGCAGAGAGGGACCACAGUGCUCUGGACUGCUGUGUGGUGGUCAUUCUGUCUCAUGGCUGUCAGGCCAGUCAUAUCCAGUUUCCUGGAGCCAUCUAUGGCACGGAUGGAGCCUCCAUUUCAGUUGAGAGAAUUGUGAACAUCUUCAGUGGGUCCAGAUGCCCCAGCUUGGGAGGGAAACCAAAGCUUUUCUUUAUCCAGGCCUGUGGUGGGGAUCAGAGAGACCAUGGAUUUCAAGUGUCUUCUAAUAUUCCUGAGGACAAGUCCCCUGGCAGUGACCCUGAGACCGAUGCCACUCCUUUUCAAAAUAACUUCGAUCAGCCAGAUGCUGUGGCCAGCUUGCCGACACCAAGUGACAUCUUGGUAUCUUAUUCUACUUUUCCUGGUUUUGUCUCCUGGAGGGAUCCAAAGAGUGGUUCGUGGUACAUAGAGACCUUGGAUAGAGUCUUGGAGGAGUGGGCUGAUCGUGAAGACUUAUUGCAUAUUCUUCUCAUGGUGUCUAAUGCUGUGUCUGCCAGAGGGACAUAUAAACAGAUUCCUGGUUGUUUUAAUUUCCUCCGGAAAAGAUUUUUCUUUAAAACAAAGUGAGAAUGAAUAUGGCCGUUUUCCCCUCCUACCUGAAACUCUCCUUUCUCUCUGCCUGGAAACAGCUGCAGACAAGGGCACUGGCUUUCUUACUUAGGAAUGGGAAGAAGGUGGCCUCUUUUACUUUGCUCUGAACAACUUCCUCUGAUUUUUUAUCCUGGAGACAUUAGCGAUACCAGCCUCCUGGCUUUUGCCCCACCAACAGCAACAGGUCCAGUGAUGGGAAGAGCUCAAGAUUAAAAGGAGUCAAGGAAGAGAUAACCCACUGUGACUGGUUAACUGGGUGACUUGGUUUCUUUGAAAUUGGGAGCUAUAAGCACCAAAGGAAGUCUCAACUCCUUGAUAAGUAAGUUGGGUGCCACCAGAUCCUUAAAAAUGGAAAUCUCAGAUCUUGAAAAAGACUUUAGAAAUUGUUUAUUUUUUCUACUGUUUGUGGUUUU